AUGGUGCAAAUUCAGGUUCAACCCCAGAAUGUGGCGACGCCUGGGCCCAAUGGUGCGGCUGCCGGCCAGUUUUUGUCGACCUCUCUGUACGUUGGUGACCUGGAUAUCAACGUGACGGACUCCCAGCUCUACGAUCUUUUCAAUCAGGUUGGGCAGGUUGUGUCAAUUAGGGUUUGCCGUGACCUGAGCACUCGCCGCAGCCUUGGCUAUGGUUAUGUUAACUAUAGCAACCCCCAGGAUGCGGCAAGAGCUAUGGAAGUUUUGAACUUCACUCCCCUCAACAACAAGGCAAUCCGGGUCAUGUAUUCUCAUCGGGACCCAAGCGUCCGAAAAAGUGGAACCGGUAAUAUUUGUAUCAAGGAUUUUGAUAAAUCAAUUGACAACAAAGCACUGCACUACACUUUCUCAAGCUUUCGGAAUAUACUCUCCUGCAAGAUUGCUACUGAUCCUAAUGGCCAAUCACAGGGCUAUGGGUUUGUCCAAUUUGAAACUGAAGAAGCUGCACAAAAUGCUAUAGAUAAGUUGAAUGGGAUGCUUAUUAAUGAUAAGCAAGUGUAUGUUGCGCAUUUCCUACAAAAGCAGGAGAGAGAAACUGAAAUCAUCAAGACAAAGUUCAAUAAUGUGUUUGUGAAAAAUUUGGCCGAAUCUACUACUGAUGAUGAUCUGAAGAAAAUGUGCUUGCAUUAA